AUGACGGGGCGUCCGGCGCUGCUUCUGCUGCUGCUGCUGCUGGCGGGGACCCCGCGCAGCGCCCGCUGCUGCCCCGGGACCCUCGACCCGGCCCCGGCCGCCGCCGCCGCCCCCCCGGGGCCGCCCCCCGCCGCCGCCGCCCUGGGCGCGCUGCUCCGGUCCCUGCAACGCCCCGGCCGCGCCCCCGGGACCCUCCUCCAGCCCCAGAGGUCGGGGUGGGGGCCGCAGGGGGGGGCCCAGGCCCGGCUCAGCCCCCGGAGCUGGGACCCCCCGCUCGCCCCGUUCUGGACGAUGGCGACCCCGCAGCGCUUCGGCCGCCGCCGCUGAGCGUCCGGCCCCGAGUCCGUCCGUCUGUCCCUCCCUCCUGGAGCCAAGCCCCUCCCAAGCCCGUCCGUGGGUCCGUCCAUCACCCAAUAAAGUGGU